CACGUCUUGCUUUUGCAAUGGUCAGAAAAUAAAAGAUACAACAAUGAAGGAGAAGGAUAUGCCGGCACAACCCGAGUCAUUCAUCACCAUCACCAACUCGUUUACAUCCCUUCUCAAGUUCUCAUUUCUCAAUCAUUGUUAAGCAAAGAAACCACGAAAAAGUUACGAUCAAAGUAAAUUUUAUUGAUAGAAGUUACACUAGAUAAGAUGAGCGUAAUACAAAUACUUUUCCGGGUUGAUGAAAUCUGCAAAAAAUAUGAAAAAUACGACGUUGACAAGCAAAGGGAGCGUAAUGGCACCGGUGACGACGCCUUCACUCGUCUCUACGACACCGUCGAAUCCGAGAUCGAGGGAGCAAUUCGUAAAUCUGAGGCUGUGGCAAUGGAGUCAAACAGGGCGAAGGCGGUAGCGAUGAACGCGGAAAUAAGGCGGACGAAGGCGAGGUUAUUAGAAGAGGUGGCCAAGCUGCAAAAAUUGGCUUACAAGAAGGUGAAGGGGCUCUCAAAGGAGGACAUGGUCGCUCGUGGUGAUUUGGCUCUUGCAUUAGGAGAAAGAAUUCAAGCAGUCCCAGACGGAGGAAACAAUGCCAAAAAUGAAGGAUGGGCCAGUUCAAGCAAUACCAAUAAUAUUAAGUUUGACUUUCAAGGAGAUGCACACUUAAGCGAUGGGUUUUUCCAAGAAUCGGAGCAAUCAAGUAAUUUUAGACAAGAGUAUGAGAUGAGAAAAUUGAAACAGGAUGAAGGUCUAGAUGUCAUAUCGGACGGAUUGGAGACAUUGAAGAAUUUGGCGCACGACAUGAACGAGGAACUCGAUAGACAAGUACCCUUGGUCGAUGAAAUUGACACAAAGGUUGACAAGGCCACGUCUGAUAUAAGGAAUAACAAUGUCAGGCUCAAACAAACACUUCAUCAGAUUCGAUCGAGUCGCAACUUUUGCAUUGACAUCAUCUUGUUGUGUGUCAUUCUGGGCAUUGCGGCUUAUCUAUACAAGUAAGCUUUUAUAUAUAGACUUUUCUUAUGACUACAAAACUAAUAAUUUGGAAUAGAAGCAGAUUACCCCUGGUUAAUUGUAUUGAAAAUCAUGCAUAAUACAUUAAGAAUGCUAAUACAAAUCACAUUUAAUAAUCAUGCAAUCUUGGAUGGAUGAAUCGGACUAAUGUUUAGAUGCAGUGUGUAGAAUUUAAGGACUUAAAAAUCGAGAGAGAUAAAAGAUUAUUCUUUGUAGAUCCAAACUCGAAUUUACCUCUUCUUUGCUAAAAAAAAUGACACAUUGUCAAAAGUCUUUCAGUUUGUUUGGUAUUAUUUUUUUUUAUAGUAAAGAAAGGAAAAAGAAAGGAAGAGAAAGGAAAAGAAAGAAAAAAAGAAUACUUCUUGA